GGAAUAGCUUUGGCCAUCAGAGGAGGAGCAAUCCUUUUUCCAGGAUAACUACACUGCAAGUGGGGCUGGAGUUGACUUUGAACUUGAGGGUCAAUGAAGCUCAGAGCAAGACAGACGACACUAGGUACUACCCUCAGGCAGUGUGAAGUUCUCCUUCUGUUGCUGCUGUUGGGCCCAGUGGUUGGUGUCCACCACACACUUUCCCCAAGCUCAGCACAAAGGAGCAGAGCUGUGGGCCCUGGUACUUCAGUGGGAAGCAGCAGGCUGAGCCUGUGGACCCUUCCAGGCAGGUUCCUGUUCCAGAUCAUCCCACGGGGAGCAAGUCCCAGGUGUUGGCCCCAUAGGCUUCCAUCUGAGUCCCAGUUAUGGUAUGUCUUUGGUGGUGGGACCCAGCUCACAAUACUAGGUCAGCCUAAGUCUGACCCCUUGGUCACUCUGUUCCUGCCUUCCUUAAAGAAUCUCCAGGCUAACAAGGCCACACUAGUGUGUCUGGUGAGCGAAUUCUAUCCAGGUACUUUGGUGGUAGACUGGAAGGUAGAUGGAAUACCUGUCACUCAGGGUAUAGAGACAACUCAACCCUCCAAACAGACAAACAACAAGUACAUGGCCAGCAGCUACCUGACACUGAUGUCUGACCAGUGGACGCCUCACAGUAGAUACAGCUGCCGGGUCACUCAUGAAGGAAACACUGUGGAGAAGAGUGUGUCACCUGCUGAAUGUUCUUAGACCAUGAUCCUCCCUGAAGCCUUAGGGGCCUGGAUCUGAAGUGCCAGAAAAAAAAAGUUGUUUUUUUCUCCCACUAACCAUCCCACUCUCUUUCCUGUGCCUAAAACUCAAUAAAUAUCUUAUCACCA